AUGAGGCAGAGCCCCCCCUCAGUUACUCCCAUCGCUCGCUCUGCCAAGGCCGGGAGAGAGACAGAGAGUGGCCGCUGCAGCCUCUUCGCGGAGACGGUCGAGCCAAAAGAAACUUCUGCCAGGCCUGGCAGACUGCGGAGGACGGGGAUUAUUCAGGGCUGGUCAGCCUCCUUUCGCUCCUCUCUCUUCGGGAACGGGAACGGGAAUCCAGAUAUGACCGUUAAAAUGCAGCUCCUUGUUUUCCUCGUGGCCGGGGCGACUGUCUGCAUCUUUGCCAAGGAAGCAACCACACCACAAGCGGAGGGGGAGUUGGCCACGGCCCCCGCAAGGGCCAGCGAGGCUUCAGACUAUUCCGAAGUGCCCACCCUGGAACUGAUUACUACGGACAGCAUCUUGCCUUCCACUGACCUUGGUGAGAACACAACUGACCCAGAACUUCCAGAAACCUCUAAUGACAGCCUGGAAACGGCCACCCUGGUUGGCAUCAUCGUUGGCACCAUUGCGGCUAUUGCGGUGGCCACGGGCAUCAUCAUCGCCGUCGCCAAGAAAAUGUCGGGCAGGUACUCGCCCUAAACCUCACUGAAGAGGGAGAAAAUUUGCAUCGGAAAGCCACUUUCUGAUUUUAGGGGGAAAUCUCUUGUAUUAGCAUGGGACUAUGAUCUGUGGGAAGAGUGACUGGAUGUCUGCUAGCUGAUUAGAGAUUCCACACUAUUUCCUCACAAGGCCUUGUAAUCCGGCCUUCAAAGAAUUUUAAGUACAUUGCCAGGGAAUGGUAAAAGAAGUGUUUUUUUCCAAAAAAAAGAAAAGAAAGAAGAACAAGCCAGCUGUUUUACCUUUUUGAUCCUGUUUACAGGUAGUAAAAGUAAAGGACCCAAGUGCCAUAGGACAGGAUUCCUAGAACAAGAUGGGCACCCACACUUCAUAUUCCCACAGGUUCUUUCUCUUUUGCGUUGUUUUUCAACCCGUGGCACUGUUUGGGCAAGAGAUCGGAGUGCAUCUCUUACACAGCUGGGAUGCCCUUCUGCAUUCUGAAGUAAAUGCAGUAACCAACAUGACUAUCUGGACAUCCUGCCCUUCAAGAAUUUCAAGCCCAGAAAGGCCUAAAAUUCAAGCCUAGCCUUUGAAUCCAUCUCGGAGCCUUCUUGCUUAGAGAGACACUUCCUUGUCGAUUGCAAAGCAUACCGGUUAGUCCUCCUCCCAGGGGAAGUUCAGAUGUUAUGGCUGCCGUAAGCGGUAACGAUGGACAACUGUCUGUGCCCCAGGAACCUGGGGGGUACUGAUGGGGUCUCUUGCACUGCCUUUCUGGUUGGGGAUUAGAUCACCUCAGAAAACGCAUUAAGAGCUGCACACACGAGAUUCCCUCCAGCUUUCAAGGAAGGGGGCGGAUGGAUGCAGAGAUGUUGUGGGAUGCCUAAAACCGGCCACUCCUUUUGCGCCUAAGUACCCUUGUUCUCCUGCCCCAUCAGGCACACGGAGAGCUCCUUGCGGAUACGGGAUCCUGGGGACACGGGCCCUGCCUGGGCCUCUCUGCCUUUCCCCAUCCCAUGAAUUACAAUUGGGCAGGGGAUUUGGAGGGCUUGGCGAGACGCAGGGGGGCAAAAGUAGUUAAGUCUCUCCCUCCCUUGGGCAGCCCUCAACCCUGCCCCCUGCACUUCUUCCUUUCCCUAUUUAAAAGUGGGGUAAUUCUGA